AUGGCACCUCCGGAAAAGCGCCCUAUGAUCCCGAAGAGUGCGCACACUUUAAGCAAGCUACCCGACUUGAGUAGCAACAUCAUCAAGGUCAGGCUCGGCAUCAAGAAUUUCAACUACGAUGAGCCAGGCGAGCUGGGGCCGACCGAGGCAAAGGUCGAUCCGCGACAGAAAAGAAUCGAGGACUACUUCAAUCCUACCCCCAAACUUGAUAAAUUGAACAGCAUGCCGGGCCAAAUCAACAUUCAAAGCGGCACAGGGAACCGGAACAAUGAGCGUGUGUCAUUUGUACAUACGAGUGUUUUAUGCCAAACGUCCGCUUUCUUCCAGACUGCUACGAAGCAGAUAUGGCGGGGCCAAACUCGAAAGCCUAUCGAUCUUACCACAGAAAACUAUGGUAUCUUCCAACAGUACCUACAGUGGCUAUACAGUGGCAGGAUCGCAAUACAUUGGUGCCCAGAGCCUGACAAAAAUAUUCCAAACAGUUCGUACAAGGCGACCCACGACUUGUUGGAACAGUAUCUCUUUGGAGGCAGGAUGCUGGAUCCAACCUUCCAGAACGCUGUCAUCAGAGCUUUUAUGGACUGCAUAAGUAACGCGCAUACUUUUCCGACUUGGAACAAGAUUAGGGAUGUGUACAAAGGCACUAUGGAGAACUCUCCGAUCCGGAAGCUCCUCUUGGAUAUUUUGGCAUCCCUAGCAGACAAGACUUGGAGCUUUGAUAAUAUCGUAGAGGAGGCUGGUGAAGAGUUUACCAAUGAUCUAGUAGCUACGUUGGCGGUGAAACGACAAAAGCCUGGAUCGAGCUGCAAAUGCAAACACAUGAAUCAAUGGGCUUGCCCACAAACCCAGACGAGAUACUUCUGCGAGAUUCCCGAUGAUAAGAAAAGAGGGGGAGCUCCUGCAUAA